CAAAUGCCGAUCGAAGCCCAGAGCAGAUGGACGUUCCUCCUGCGGCCACGGUUGGUAAGCUUCUGCAAUCGGGGAUAAGAUACUUCACUAAAUUCAUAAGUGUCAAGAAGACAAAAAUACAAGAAGAACAGAAUACUUACAGAAUCAAUACUUUGUGCAAACAUUAUGGAAGCCUUCACAGUCUGCAGGCCAUGAGGUUUCAGAAAGAUAGCAGACCAGAAAGUAGCCUUCAAGCUCUUCAGUAGGAAUGCGGCCUUAUUCUACCUGUUCUCCCAAGUUCCUAGUUCCUGUCACCUACCCCAUUGAGGAAAUUCUGACCUGAAUACGUUUUUGAAAAAUGUCUCCGGUUCCAGAGGGGAUUCUACUGAAAGCAUCAAUCAUGCUAUUGGAGUUUGAUUUAUCUGGAACAAAGAACUUUACACCUCCUGAAAUACAUGAUUGGGAUGUUAACCAUUAAAAUGUAUAAAAUAAAACAAAAAAUAAUAUGUGAGGUCUUUUCCAACAACCUUUCCCAUGUAAGAGGCUUAGUUUUGGGGAAGGAGGUGUAGCACUUGGCUGGCAGUGCAUGGCAUCCUGCCAGCCACAUGGUGAGCAGCAGAGGUUUUCGACCACAGAUGAGCCCAGGGCAAUGGAAUGAAUGGUUGAACCACUGCUGAGCACACUUAUAAGAAGUUGUUGUGGAUACCACUUAUAAAUCCAUUUACCAAAUUGAUGGAGAAAUCUGCAAUUGAUGGAAGUCAUUCAGAAAAACUAUGUUCUCAUUUUAAAAGUACCCCAGAGAAUGAACGUUUAUUGCAGCCUGCCAGUGAAAGUCAUCUCAGCUGUGGAAAGCAGGACAUCCUAAAUGAAAAGACUGAACUGGAAGCAACAUUUAAGGAACCUGAAUUGGCAACCUGUUCUGUAGAAUUAUUUUUGCCAUUAUUUAAGGAUACCGUUGAAGAGAUUAGUUUUGAAAAUGUAGGGGACAGUUUAUCCAGCAUGUUAGAGAAGCUAACUGAUAAUGAAAAUGAAAAUACUAAUCUUAAGAAGAAGCUACUUGAAAAGGAGACCUAUAUUCAAGAACUUUCUUGUUUGUUUCAGAAUGAACAGGCAAAUGCUUUGAAAGCAAACCGUUUUUCACAAUCAGUAAAAGUAGUACAUGAACGACUACAGCUCCAAAUUCGUAAAAAGGAAGCAGAGAAUGAUAAAUUAAAAGAAUAUAUAAAGAGCUUAGAAACCAAGAUAACUGAAUGGAACUUAGAACUGAGAAAGAAUAAGCAUGAAGUUGUAGCAAUGAAAGAAUCAAGUAGGCAAAAAACUAUAGCUCUAAAAAAGGCAUCUAAAAUUUACAAACAAAGGCUUAAACACUUUACUGGAGACAUGGAAAACCUUACUUCCCAAAUUGGAGAUCGGGAAGCCAAGCUGUCCGAAACAAUUUCAGCUUCCAAUGCCUGGAAAAGUCAUUAUGAGAAAAUUGUAAUAGAAAAAACUGAAUUGGAAGUUCAGAUUGAAACAAUGAAAAAGCAAAUUACUAAUCUUUUGGAAGACCUGAAGAAAGUAGAAGACGUUGGUAAAAAUUCAUGUGAAGAAAUUCUUAGAAAACUUCACUCAGUUGAAUAUGAAAAUGAAACUCUGAAUCUUGAGAAUACAAAAUUAAAGACUACCCUUGCUGCUUUGAAGGAUGAGGUUGUUUCUGUUGAAAAUGAACUCUUAGAAUUGCAAGAAGUAGAAAAACAACAGAAAGCCCUUAUUGAAGUAUAUAAAACUCAGAUACAAAAGUUGCAAGAAGCAGCUGAAAUGGUGAAAAGCAGAUGUGAAAAUUUGCUACAUGAAAAUAACCUAAUAACAAAAAACAAAAAUAAAAAGUUAGAGAAGAUGAGAGGCCAGACGGAGUCUCAUCUGAAGGAGUUAGAGCACAUCCGCGAUUCGGUGACGGCGGCGGAACGGAGGCUUCACGAGUGUCAGGAGAGUGUGCAGCACUACAGGGAGAGAUGUGCGGACAAGGUGCACACCGUUAGGGAGCUUCAGGGCCAGGUUGAUGGAAAUCAUAAUCUUCUAAAAAAGCUUUCUUUGGAAGAGGAAAAUUAUCUUAUUCAGUUGAAGUGUGAAAACCUUAAACAAAAAUUAGAACAGAUGGAUGCAGAAAAUAAAGAGCUUGAAAAGAAACUGGCAAACCAAGAAGAAUGUCUUAAGCACAGCAAUCUUAAGUUUGAAGAGAAAUCUGCAGAACAUACAGCAUUGGCCAGACAGCUGGAAGCUGCUUUAGAAGAAGGAAGACAAAAGGUUUCUGAAGAAAUAGAGAAAAUGUCAUCUAGAGAGAGGGCUUUACAGAUUAAAAUAUUAGAUCUGGAAACUGAGCUUAGAAAGAAAAAUGAAGAACAAAGUCAACUUGUUUGCAAAAUGAACAGUAAAGCACAACACCAGGAAGUAUGUUUGAAAGAAAUACAACAUAGUCUUGAAAAGUCGGAGAAUCAAAAUGAGAGUAUUAAGAAUUAUUUACAGUUUCUUAAAACUUCUUAUGUAACAAUGUUUGGAUAAAUUGUUGGAUUUAUUUUCUAUAAGCGAUAGGAUUUUACUUUAAGUCUAAAACAUGAUUGGGUAAUAAAUAAACUUUAAUUUACGGGUGGGAGUAGUAGAGUUUUUAUGUACAUUUUUAAAAUAUAAUUUAUUAUCCAAUUGCAACUUUAAGAUAUAGAUGUCAGUAUUCCUUUUUGCCAGAUAAUUUCCACUUAGCUCUAGUUUAAUUUAAUACUUAUUUAAAUGAUACUGGUUUUUAGAAUGGUUUUCACGUACACAAAAGAAACCAGAAUCUUGUUUAUAGCCACCAUUUAAGUGAAUUUGUAAUAAAGCUAGGCCGAUUAUGAGCCAAAUACAUGAUUUUGAAUAACCCAUAUAAUUUGUUUUACAUUGUGGCGCUAUAUAUAUAUAAUCAAGGAAAAUAUUCUGGAUAUUAAUUUUUAAUAAUGGUAUAAUUACACACUUUCUAAAGAUUCCAAAUGUCUCAAUGUACUUAAUACUGUUUCAAGUAUGAUGCGAUUCUAAUUUCUGUGAGGCUUUUAAUAUAGAAUUUUAAAUUAUAGCUACUAAAUGCCAACUGAUGGUGACAGAUGAAAACAUGUUGUCCCGCACUGUUUCUUUAUAAAGAAUGGGCAUUUGGGCUCUCCUGUGAA